CAGUAGCUAUCGAUUGGCACCUCACAAGAAAUUAAAUGCAAACAAAUUAUUCUGUUGUGAGCUGGCGAAUGGAAUAUUUUUUCUCUUGUUUUUCUAAAACGAAAAAUCAAAUAGAAUCUCCAACACAAGUGGUGACAAGUUACGGAGAAUCACUCACCAAAAUGCAUCCAGGACAAAUUGAAGUUAGCGAAAUCACCGGAUAUUGGCAAUUCCUGUUGAGCAUCGAUUGGAGGGAUCCCUGGCUUAUUGGAUUGAUUUUGCUGCACCUGCUCACCACCACUACGGCCCUACUCAGCAGGAGCCACAACAAUAUUCAAGUUGUUCUUUUCCUGGUACUUUUGUCGGCGGUCUAUUUCAGCGAAAGUAUCAAUGAGUAUGCGGCACGCAACUGGAGCUCCUUCUCCAGGCAGCAGUACUUUGACAGCAAUGGCCUGUUUAUAUCGACGGUGUUCUCCAUUCCUAUUUUGCUGAAUUGCAUGCUGAUAAUUGGCACAUGGCUAUAUAAUUCCACACAACUGAUGGUCGUUCUGAAGACAGCCCAAAUCAAGGAGCGCGUGCGCCAGCAGCACAGGAACCCACCGGAUGCGCAACGCCUCAAGGCGGAGUAGCAUUUAACAGAAUUAAGUCACAAUACAAUUUGAAAGAGCUGUGAAAACCAAAUACAUUUUAAAUUUAUCUUUC